AUGAUUGGUUCGGAGUUUUCAUCACCACGUUCGAGACCACUUUCAUCAAUACAUAGUCGACCCUUAUCACCUGAUCAAAGUCAACAAGUAAGAUCGAUGCAUUUCUGUGAUGCUGAUAAUCAAAUCUGGGAGCAAUCGAUGAGUGCACCAACUUUGUCCGACAAUUUAACAUCGAUUAUUCCUAUACAAUCAUUUGAUUAUGAACCAACGUAUGUAAUCGAUCAGAUCGAACCAACAGCAUCCUACAAGGAAAAUUUCGAUUCGACAAAUUUCAUUCAACAAACUGAUCAAACAGUUGUUCAUCCACUUGUUCAGGAAGAUUACAUCACAAUCGAUCAAGAAUUUGACAUCAAUCUUGAUGCUGAUGAUCUUGCUGAUCGUUUAGCACAUUUAGAUCAUUCAGCUAACAAAACUCUCGUUCAUCAACAAGAAGAAAUUAUUAAUAUUCACAUAUUUGAUAAAGCCGAGCCGAAUCCAUCGUGUAAUAUAGAAAACUUAACUUCAAUUGUCGAUGAAAUUCGUCAACUCGAUCGUAUCAAAUCUUCAACAGAGAAACUUCUCUCACAACAAUCGAUUCAUCUCGAAAACAAACAAUCCGUCUCCGUGAUGAAACCUUCUACUGUUCACUGCAAACCUCAACGAAUUGAUAAAGUAUCCGAUUUAGAGAUCAUGAAGCAAGGCAAAGGUUUCAAAAUUGGUUACGUCGAUCGGCAAGGUACAGAUCAACGAGUCAUAUUAACCAAACGAAUCGAAGCCGGACCCGAUGUUAUGGAACGUGAUCCACAUAUACGUUUACCUUUUAAAGGACAACGUUUGUUAAAUCAAAUCUUUAGUUCAGUAUUGUUUACAAAUGGUUAUAAUGCUUUACAAGAAGAUGAACAAUUUCAGCAUACGAACGAAGGAAUUGAAAUACCAAUUAUAGGAACAAAUCCUAAACAUUUCGAUGAAUCUGAUAUGAUCUCGAUCGAUAUCGAUGGUCCGUCAACCAUGCUUAAUUCGAUAUGUGAAUCUAUUGUUAUAACGCAAGGAUCUGUUUACUCAAAUAAUACUCUUCAGUCCGAAUCAGAAAAGCCUAUCACUCAAUCGAUAUCGAAUCAACAUCGCGAACACUAUCGAACAACUUAUCCGGGAAAGAAAGAUAAAGUCGAAGUUAUCGAUUCUUGGCGUGAUCAUACAAUCAUCAAUGGAAGUAGUACCCCAUGGCGUAGUCCAUUCAAACCUACAAAGAAAAUCCAAUCCACCAUCGACAAUCUGACAUGUUCACAUGAUCAAAGUCAAGAAACGUCCACCAAGGAAAUUGCUCUUUCACCCAUUCCAUCGACUUCCGAGAAACUCUUUCAAACAAUAGGCACAUCGCCCAUUACAAUACGUCAAACAGUUGACCGCUCGUGCCAAUACAGUCCACCAACGAAAUACGAUCGAAGUUUACAACGCUAUGUGGAAACAGUUACAUCGUACACCCAAGUAUCUCCUUAUCAAAUACCCGGUUUUUUGAAAACGCAAAAUGGAACACAAACCCAUGCGAUGCUACAACCCGCACCACCACAGCCAGCAGUAUUGGAACGUAGUGCUGAUUCUGGCAUUCUUGUUGAUGAUAAUCUCCGAAUGAAAACAAGUAUUGCUUUACAAGUCGAUCAAAAAGAUUCCUCAUCCGAUAGUGAAGAUGCAUCGGAAGUCACCACACAGCCACUGAUUCGUCAAACGUCACCAGAUGGUAAUGAACCAUUCGAAAAUCCAACCAUCAAUAAUGGGAAUAUGAGCACAUCACCAAAUGACAUUGAACAAGAAAUUUCGCAAUUAUAUCGUGAAAGGGCACAUAUACUUGAUUUACUUUCAUUGAAUUGGAAUCGAUCGAAUAUUUGGGUUGAAUUAACCGAGGCCAAGUUGAAUUAUAUAAUUGGAGAAACAGAUGCUCUGCUUCGUGCACUUUCAUUCGACACUGCAGCUGUCGAUAAUGAAACAGUUAAAUUAAAAAUGCAACAAUAUGAAGAAGAUAUGGCUGAACUAACUCGACAGCAUCUCGUUGUUUAUCGUCAGCGAUUGGAAGCAUCGAAAAAGCAAUUAGAUAUGAAAAUUGAUCAAUUGGAAUCGAAGAGAUCUUCACUAGACACUCAUCCAACACAACGAACAACAACGAUGACAACUAGUUUCGAACAUACACCGCGUAUGGUAACGAAUCGACGAUUACAAUCAUUCUUAAGUACAAGUGCAGAAAAUUUAACAACACAAGCCAAUCAAGAGAACAUUGCUAGCCAUCCUCAAUUACUCGAUGUUUCAUUCCUAACAUCAAUUCCUACAAAACCAGCAGGACUUCCCCCACGUUUUCCUGACUAUCGAACAAACACAAAUGAGAUGAUCCGAACUAUUCAUCGGCCAACACCACGUUAUCCAACUUCGAAUACUUCUAAUUAUGAAACUAAACUGACGAAUGGCAAUCUCUCACAUAUGGAAGGUCUAAGUAAAAGUCAACAGGCGAUUCUGGAUGAAACAGAUAAAUUAGUGAAAGAUUCUCAACAACUGCAUACAGAAUCCGCAUCCCAAUUCGAACGUGCAAGAGAAAGUCUUUUAUCAAGUGAAACAUCAAUUCGAUUAGCACGAGCAAAUAUGGCUGCCUCGCGUUUGGAAUCUUAUUCAGGAAUGAAAACGUAUCUACCAACUGAUGUUACUCUUGCUGAACUUUUUAAAUAUGAACAGUCAUUAGCAAAAGAAACAGCGAAAUCGAAUCGAUCCAUCUAUCCAUCAACUAAAACCAUAACCAAAUUAUAA